GAUGCUCCUUUGCUCUGCAUCGGAGUAGUGCUGUUUAUCUUUUAGAGGGGGUUGGUGUGGCCCAGCAGAGGAGAGUUAAAGUCAGGUGAUAAGGUGAUUACUGACACCUGUGGCCUGUGUGUGUGUGAGGGAGAGCAAAGAGGAGACUAAUUUUGCAGAAGAACAGUCAGGAGGAGUGUGGAUCUGGAAAUUUACAAAGGAAUAAGGACGUUUGGACGACAAAGCUGGAGCGGGCUGAGAUUUUAGCUUGCCUUUUUUGCUCCUUUAAACUCCUGAUCUUAUUUGGACUUCUCUGAGAAGGACACUUUGGACUUGAAUACCACUUCAUCCAUCAGCAGCAAAUGACGUGAUAAACUUCAUAAACUCAGACUCUGUACUCCCACCUAAAGGACUGGCCUGUGAUUCUUCUCCUGGAUGAUUCCCCUUCUGGCUCCCUGAAACCUGAUCUCACCUGUGGCCUGUGUUUCCUCCAAUGUGUGUUGGAUCUUUGGGUCUACCCUGCCUCCUCAUGGUUCCCUUCUGUUGGACCGCCCUGGAUUUAGUUUCCUUGGACUUUAAGCUGUCAUUGAAGUGGGAAAGUUCCGGGUGUGGCCAGAGAUGGCAGGAGAGUUCAGCUAAUCUCUCCCCGCUGCUCUGCCUCUGCCGGCCGGGCUCCAGCUGCUCCUCCGCCCGGCUCCCCUCUGCUCCACUCCAGCUCCGGGCUUUACCUCCAGCCCCUUUAGAUCAAUAGCUCCAUCCUCUACCAGUGUCUCUCCACCACCUCUAUCUCUCUCUCUCCAGCUGUAUAGACCUACAGAGAAAAGAGAGUGAGAGAGAGAGAGUGAGAGUGAGAGAGAGAGAGAGAGAGAGAGAGAGAGAGAGAGAGAGAGAGAGAGAGAGAGAGAGAUUGGAUUCGUCUGUCUCACUCCUGCUACUCCUACUCCGACCCACUCCAUCCGUGCACCCCGACAGACGGAGCAGACCUCCGGGAAGGCAGCGUGGAUUUUUACCCCUCCUCGCCUCAGUGUGAAUGGGAAUGAGCCGCACCGCGCAGGAGUGAUGGAGACUCUGCCUUCAUAGUUCCUGGAACUUAUUUCUCCCCUAUAAGACGGAAACUAAGUGCUCCAGUGUCUCUUUGGGAUUUCUCUUUUCUUUUUGGGCUUUUUUUUUGGGAUCCAAGCCCGAUCACGGAGGGCUCUCUUUUGGGGAGAGGAGAGGUUGUUUCACCCCUCUCCCUCUCCUCCUCAUCCUCACAUCCCUGACUUAAAACCCUGUGAUUUUUCUUCUUCUCUUGCUUUUUUUUGACUGACUUGGAUUCCGUGGAGGAUUUCUCUUCUUUACGCAUUUGAAGACAGCGGGAUUUCUCUGCGCUCUUGGCUCCGGUUGGUCCUCGGGUUCUGUGGGACUGGAGCCGGGCACCAUGGAGCUGGUUUUGGGUGGAUGUACUGGUGAUGUUUGGGAGGUGCUGGUGCUGAGGAGGAGAAGGAGGACAGGAGGACUCUACCUGCUGCUGCUCUGCUGGCUGCUGAAUGCUCACACCUCAGCGCACGCCUCAGAUGCCUCAUCUCCGUCCUCCUCCUCCACCUCCUCGUCUGGCCUCGGAGGUUUCGUGGACUUCACCUUCACCCAGGAGCCUCAGGACACAGUGACAGUGCGAGGCGGCGUGCUGCAGCUUGACUGCCAGGCUCAGUCGGACACAGUGUCGGGAACUCCAAGCAUCACGUGGAGAAAGGACGGCGUGCUGCUCAGUACGGUGGUGGACGAAAGGCGGAGGCAGUUAGCUAACGGCUCACUGCUGGUGCAGAACGUUGUGCACUCGCGGCACCACCGACCUGAUGAAGGGGAAUACCAGUGCCUCGCUACACUGGACGGCGUUGGAAGUAUCGUUAGCCGGACUGCUAAAGUCACUGUAGCCGGUCCUUUAAAAGUGGUCAUCCCUACAGAGUCCGUCUCCUCGUACCUUGGUGACACCGCCCUGCUGCGCUGCGAGGUCUCAGGCGACCCGACGCCUGUCAUCCGCUGGCAGAAGAACCGAGAGGACCUGCCGAUGAUCUUUGAAGUUGAGUCCCGUUUGGCGGUGCUGCCGUCCGGCUCGCUGCAGGUCAGCCGGGUCCAGCCACCGGACUCGGCCACAUACCGGUGUUUGGCUGACAAUCCUGGCAGCACCAGGACGGGGACGGAUGCCGAGCUCAGAGUGCUCCCAGAGCCUGGCGUGAGCAGGACCCUCCAGUUCUUCCAGCGUCUAUCACGAGUAACCGUCCUACUAGGAAGCGAUGCUGUGCUGGAAUGUGCCGCGUUCGGGUACCCGACUCCGAGCAUCCAGUGGAGGAGAGGAGAGGAGCUGAUUCAGAGCUGGAAUAAGAAGUACUCUCUGCUGGCGGGCAGUAAUCUGAUCAUCAGGAGCGUCACAGACGACGACUCGGGCAGUUACAGCUGCACGGCCUCCAACAAGAACCACAACAUCACGGCACAAACAGAGCUCAGCGUGCUCGUGCCACCUCAGUUCCUGAACUACCCGACCAACACGUACGCCUACGAGUCCACUGACAUCGAGCUGGAGUGUGCAGUGACGGGAAACCCUCCGCCGACAGUCCGCUGGAUAAAGAACGGAGAGGAAGUCAUCCCCAGCGAUUACUUCCAGAUCGUGGAUGGCAGUAACCUGCAGAUUCUGGGUCUGGUGAAGUCAGAUGAAGGAUUUUAUCAGUGUGUCGCUGAAAACUCAGCCGGCAGCUCGCAGGCGAUGGCUCAGCUGCUGCUGCGGGAACCAGUGUCCCCCAGCCCAGGCGUUGCCCUCCCCUCUGCCCCCCGCGACCUGGUCCCUGUCCUAGUGUCCAGCCGAUUUGUCCGUCUCAGCUGGCGCCCCCCAGAGGAGACCGGAGGAGCUGUCCAGACCUAUGGCAUCUAUUAUUCCCAGGACGGAGUCGACAGGGAGCGGUCAGUGAAUGUGUCGGAGCCAGAGUCUCUGGAGCUGACGGUGUCCAACCUGAAACCAGAGGAGAGCUACAGCUUCAGGGUCAUCGCCUACAACGACGUGGGGCCGGGAGAAAGCUCCGCCCCCCUGAGGAUCACCACCAAACCAGACCUCCAGGUUCCUAGCAGGGUGGAGUCCCUCCAGGCUGAGGCCCUGUCGCCCACCUCUGUCCAGGUGAGCUGGGAGCCUCCAGCCCUCCCAAAUGGCCCCAUCCUGGGUUACAGACUGCUGUGGACUGAGAGCCCGUCUGGCAAGGAACAGAGUGUGGAAGUGACCGGACUCAACUAUAAGAUGGACGGACUCAAUAAGUUCACAGAGUACACGGUUCGGGUUCUGGCGAUCAAUCGUUACGGACCAAGCACUGCCUCAGAGACCGCCACCAUCACCACCCAAUCAGAUGUUCCCAGCGCUGCUCCCCAAAACAUCACCUUAGAGGUUGUCCUGUCCAGGAGCAUCAAGGUGUCGUGGCAGCCGCCUCCGCCCAGCUCCCACAACGGCCUCAUCUCCGCCUACAAGAUCAAGUACAGGAAGACCGGACGACGUGGAGACCAGGAGGCCAUUGAACCCAACAACUUCUGGUUCCUGUUCACAGGUCUAGAGAAAGGCAGUCAGUACAGCUUCCAGGUAGCAGCCAUGACAGCGAAUGGCACAGGACCGGCCAGCGACUGGUUCACGGCGGAGACACCGGAGAACGACCUGGACGAGAGUCAGGUUCCAGACCAGCCGAGCUCCCUGCACGUCAGGCCGCUGCCCAACAGCAUCAUCAUGUCCUGGACGCCGCCCCUCAGCCCCAACAUCCUGGUGCGAGGUUACAUCAUCGGCUAUGGAGUGGGGAGUCCCUAUGCUGAGACGGUCCGAGUGGACAGCAAGCAGAGAUACUACUCCAUCGAAAACCUCGAGCCGAGCUCGCACUACGUGAUUUCCCUGAAGGCGUUCAAUAAUGCUGGAGAGGGAGUUCCUCUGUAUGAGAGCGCCGUCACUCGAUCUCUGACAGACACCAGCACUCCCAUGAUCCCCCCGGUAGGAGUCCAAGCCGUGGCUUUGUCCUCGGACUCGGUUCGUGUCUCCUGGGCCGACAACUCCAUGACCAAGAACCAGAAGGCGUCUGAGGUCCGGUACUACUCCGUCAAGUGGAAGACCAGCUACUCCACCAGUGGGAAGUACAAGUCUGCAGAUACCACAGCCCUCAGCCACACUGUCACCGGACUCAAACCGAACACAAUGUACGAGUUCGCUGUGAUGGUAACCAAAGGCCGCAAGUCCAGCACCUGGAGUAUGACGGCGCACGCCACAACAUAUGAAGCAGCUCCAAGCUCGGCUCCCAAAGAUUUGACAGUGAUCAGCCGCGAGGGACGACCCCGCGCCAUUCUAAUCAGCUGGCAGCCACCGAUGGAGGCUAACGGACGGAUCACAGGUUACAUUUUAUACUACACGCUGGAUAAGAACAUGCCGAUCGAUGAUUGGGUAAUGGAGGCAAUCAGCGGCGACCGGCUGACCCACCAGGUUGUGGAUUUGAACCUGGACACGGUUUACUACUUCAGGAUUCAGGCCAAGAACGCCAAAGGAGUCGGCCCGCUGUCUGAGCCCGUCCACUUCAAGACUGCCAAAGUGGAACAUCCAGACAAGAUGGCCAACGAUCAAGGUCGAGGAGGAGAUCACGCCUACUGGCCGUCUGACACCAACCAGAUCGACAGGAGCAUUAACGAGUCUCCAAUUGGUCAGAUGCGUCCUCCUCACGGCAGCGCCACGCCUCAGAAGAACAGUAACCUGCUGGUCAUCAUCGUGGUCUCUGUGGGAGCCGUCACCGUGGUCGUGGUGGUCAUCGUGGCGCUCAUAUGCACACGGCGCUCAUCGGCUCAGCAGAGAAAGAAGAGAGCGAGCCACAGUGCCAGUAAGAGGAAAGGCAGCCAGAAGGACCUGCGACCUCCUGACCUGUGGAUCCACCACGAGGAGAUGGAAAUGAAGAACUUGGAGAAAGCUCACGUCGCCCCAUCGGGACACGACUCACCCCUCCAGUCCUGCCAGGACCUCCCCCAGGUUGCACACAGCCAAUCAGAGAGCCAGAUGGGCAGUAAGAGCAGCCACUCAGGAGCUGAUAACGAUGAGGCAUCCAGCAGCAUCUCCACUCUGGACCGCUCCAUCACCACGAGGAGAGGAACUCGAGGCAAAAUGAUGAUUCCCAUGGACUCCCAGCCGAGCAACCACACGCCCGUGGUCAGUGCCAUCCCGGUGCCGGCUCUGGAUUCUUCUCAGUAUCCGGGUAUCCUGCCUUCUCCGUCCUGCGGCUUCACUCACAACAAGUUCAGCCUGAGACCGAUGCCUUUCCCCAGCCUGACAGUGGACCGAGGAUACACACCAGCUAUGCCUUCAGACUCCUCCACCAACCCCCUCCUCCCGCAGCAGCCUUCAUCCAGAGCCUGCCCCCCUCCUCCCGGCUCCUCAGCCUCGUCUGUAGAGCACGUCCCCUGGUUGGUCCGGUCCCGGGGGCACCCAGCAGCUGUUGGCGGAGCUGGAUCUGAGGAAGUCCAAGCUGGGAACAGUCGGACCAUCCCGACAGCCUGCGUACGACCCACACACCCGCUAAGAAGCUUCACUAACCCUCUGCUGCCACCACCCAUGGGGACCAUCGACCCGAAAGUGUACACCUCUAUGUUACCACAGUCCAGUGCGAGCCUUCCAAAGCCACAGGUGAAGACGGCAUCUGGUCAGGCCAGUAAGGCUCGCUCUCCUCUGCUCCCUGUCUCAGUCCCAACGGCGCCGGAUUUACAAGAGGGAGCAACAAAAGCAUCCGAAGAUUCAGCUGCCAACGUGUACGAGCAGGACGACCUUUCAGAGCAGAUGGCCAGUCUAGAGGGGCUGAUGAAGCAGCUCAACGCCAUCACCGGCUCUGCCUUCUAA